CUGAAGAUAACGCAAGUCUUCUUUCUGGAUCAAGUGAUUGGUACAAGUUCAGUUGUAUCUUGUUGAGAGAGAGAGAGAAUAUGGGAACAUUCCUAAGGUUUGCGCUCACUUUGAGCCUGCUUUUUUGCAUGAUCAAGGCAAAGUCCUCUUCUAUGAUUUCGUGCUAAAUAGUAUACGAGAGAUACAAAGGCCAUAAUUGAUGAGGCUCUUGAAACCGGAGGCGAUACAGACCUGUCUGUGGCCUAUACCAUGGUCAACCAGGAGACAGCUACUCAUGCUCUAACGGUUUAGCAUACAACAAAACUGUCGUGCGCGGAAAAACGUAUCUCUUUCAGAUCAUCCACUCCGGGAUGAAUGAAGAGAUGUUCUUUGGUAUAGCCACGCACAAUCUCACUGUGGUCGGAAUGGACGGAGCUUAUCAGAAGCCACUUAACACCAAUUACCUCAUGAUUACUCCCGGUCAAACGAUGGACAUUUUGGUCACUGCGACCAAAAUCCCGGUUGCUACUAUAUGGUUUUUAGUCCAUUUGUGGACACCAAUGCCCCAUCCAAUAAAAACAUCACGAGGGGGGUAUUCCAAUACUAGGGCAGUUAUAACCACUCGGAGACUCCCGUGUUAAUUGAGCUUCUGGGUUUUACCAACAAGAGUGAUGCCGGAAACUUCACUAUUCAAUUGAGGAGUCUGAAUAGCAAAGAACAUCCGUCCAAGGUUCCGACCAAAAUCACUAGGAACAUUAUGAUCGCAGUGUCCGUGAAUCAGCAGCCAUGUCCAGCUAAUAAAACAUGUCUUGGUCCAGGGAACACUACUAUGCAUUCCGCAAGAAACUUGAACAACAUAAGUUUUUCGGCUCCGUCAAUUAGCAUUCUCCAGGCAUACUACAACAAUAUAAAUGGAGUCUACAACAGAACUUUUCCGGAUCAACCACCUACCUUGUUCGACUUCACCGGAAAUGUUUCGGCCUUGGGGGAAGCUGCCAAUGUGACUACCGAAGUGUUGAAGAUUGACUAUAAUGACGAGGUUGAAAUAAGAUUCCAGGGGACCAAUUUCGGGGCAGCGGAGAAUCACCCAAUGCAUUUACACGGGUAUAGCUUUUAUGUCGUCGGGAUGGGCGAUGGAAAUUUCAGUGAGACUGAUAUAUCAAAGUAUAAUACGGUAAAUCCACCAUAUGUCAACACCGUCAGACUGCCCAAAAACGGGUGGGCAGCGAUCAGAUUCAAAGCCGAUAAUCCAGGAGUGUGGUUCAUGCACUGUCACUUAGAACGCCAUUCGAGUUGGGGUAUGGACGCAGUCCUCAUCGUCCGAGAUGGGAAGAAAAAACAUCAGAAGGUUCGUCCGCCGCCCAAGGACAUGCCUCCUUGUUCCGUGUCUUCGUCGUGAUGAAGUGUUCUUUGAGUUCAUUGACAAGGCAAAGGCAAAUUGAUAUCUCAAUGGGAAUAAAACAUCUGUAUCUUCGUUCGAUUCAUUGUAUUCUUUUGCUAUAAGCGAUUCGAAAUGUACUUGCCUGUUGCCGAUAAUAAUUCCAGAAAUUUAAUCGAUAGGGGCAAAAUCUUCAACUAUGUUGGCUAAUAGAUGUGCUCUGGAGAAAGGAUUGAUCACGCAGUCAAAAUUGUGUGAAUUUUGUCUUCCUUGGGACCUUAUCUCUAGUGAAGGUUUCAUCAUAUCUGGAAUUUUAGAUUUAGCUUGUGAA